AGCCGGGCGCAGGAGCAGCCGGCUCGGCCGCCAGCGCGGUGUAGGGGGCAGGCGCGGAUCCCGCCACCGCCGCGCGCUCGGCCCGCCGCCGCCUCCCGCCUCCCGGCUUCCCGCUCGCCCCUGCCUCCUGCGUCCGGCCUCGGCUCGUGCCGCCUGCCUGCCUGCCGCGGAGACGGCUUCGGGCCUGAGGUCUGAACUUGUGCCCAGCGCCAUGCCGAGGGAGAAGAAGGAAAGGGAUGCGAAGGAACCUGACACUAUGAAAGAGGAAAGUGGCACUGAUGUCUCUGUUCGCUCCAGGAAAAGGAAGGCAAAUGUGGCCGUUUUUUUGCAAGAUCCAGAUGAAGAAGUGGCCAAAAUUGACAGAACUGUGAGAAGCCAGUGUGGCAAUCAGCCUUGGGACAAUAAUGCAGCCUGUGAAAACCCCUGCUCCUUCAUUCCCACACCUGACAAAGAAGAGGAUGAGCUUGUGUACCCAAAUUCUGUGUAUAAGCCUCAGAGUUGCACACCAUCCAGAGCCUCGCCACUGCCUAUACUGAACUGGGCAAAUAGAGAGGAGGUAUGGAAAAUCAUGUUAAACAAGGAAAAGACGUACUUGAGGGAUAAGCACCUUAUGCAGCGGCACCCUCUUCUGCAGCCUAAAAUGCGAGCAAUUCUUCUGGAUUGGUUAAUGGAGGUGUGUGAAGUCUAUAAACUUCAUAGAGAGACAUUUUACUUGGCACAGGAUUUCUUUGAUCGGUAUAUGGCAACACAACAAAAUGUUGUAAAAACACUUUUACAGCUUAUUGGGAUUUCAUCUUUAUUUAUUGCUGCCAAACUUGAGGAAAUCUACCCUCCAAAGUUGCACCAGUUUGCUUAUGUUACAGAUGGGGCUUGUUCAGGAGAUGAAAUUCUUACCAUGGAAUUAAUCAUUAUGAAGGCCCUUAAGUGGCAUCUCAGUCCCCUGACCAUUGUGUCCUGGCUGAAUGUAUACAUGCAGGUUGCAUAUCUAAAUGAUUUUUAUGAAGUGCUCCUGCCACAGUAUCCCCAGCAAAUCUUCAUACAGAUCGCAGAGCUCCUAGAUCUCUGUGUCCUGGAUGUUGGCUGCUUAGAAUUUCCCUAUGGUGUACUUGCUGCUUCUGCCUUGUAUCAUUUCUCUUCAUCCGAGUUGAUGCAGAAGGUUUCAGGGUAUCAGUGGUGUGAUAUAGAGAAGUGUGUCAAGUGGAUGGUUCCAUUUGCCAUGGUUAUAAGGGAGACAGGAAGCUCAAAACUUAAGCACUUCAGAGGGGUUCCUGCUGAAGAUGCCCAUAACAUCCAGACCCAUAUAAACAGCUUGGAUUUGCUGGACAAAGCCCAAGCAAAGAAAGCCAUAUUGUCUGAAGAAAAUAGGAUUUCUCCUCUCCCCACUGGAGUCCUCACCCCGCCACCGAGCAGUAAGAAGCAGAGCAGUGGGCAGGGAACAGCAUGACCACACCGGCAUCCUCCACCAAAGACAGCUGUGCGGAAGUGCCUGCUCCAGGUUCUCUCCUGUCGGCUGCAGCAGAGGCCUGCAUUAGCUUUUACAGAUAUUUAAAUGGAGGAGCACGGCUCUUCCACCAUAGGAGGUUUUCUGCGGAUAGCAUUGGACAGGGAGAAGUGUUUUUUAUUGAAUGCUUAGAGUUUCUAAUAAGUGGGUCAAGUACACCAGCCACCUCCAGAACACCACCGAGUGCUCCAGAUGCUGCUAAGGAGGGUGAUACUUGGCUUGAUUGACUAUUCACACACAUAACAAAGGCUUGAAGUUGAGGAGGGCCACAUUGCUGUUGGCCUCCCCCUGGGUGUUCUGGGUUGUGUCGUAUUAAGCGGAGCAGGUGGUUGUGAGCGUUGUGAUGUGCAGCCCACAACCAGCUGUGCCGGGGGCCUGCCCGUUCCAUAUAUCAGUUGACAGUGUACAAUGCCUUUUAUGAACUAUUGUUUUGUAAGUGCUGCUAUGUCUCUCCGUUUUUUAAUAAAGAUGACACUGUCUUUGAGACAGCUGGUUUUAUGAGCUCUGUCUGGUAAUUUAAGUCAGGAGUCAGCUUUGAACGUGGCCAUAUCAAGUUCUCAUUUUUAACUUCAGGCUCCUUGAAGCUAAAGUGUUUCAAGCAAAUACAGUAAAAGAAAACUUUUGAAGUGAGCUUCAGGGGCAGCCUCACAGGCCUCCCGAGGGCCCCUGUGCUGGAAACAAGGCUCCGAUUGGCUUUCUCCACCAAUACCCUGGGCAGUGGUGGCACCAGCUGGGCUCCCGGCUGGCGGGGGCCAUAGUAGUGAAGGCACAUCUGUAUCCAAGAGGAUUCAGUGUGAUUCCUUCCCUAGCACAGGACAAAGGUCAGGAAAUAUCUGUAAUUAGUGUUAUUUAAUAGUCUUUUUGUCCUUACCUUUAAGAAUUUUUGUUUGGAGAGCUUGGUAACAUAAUGUAGCCUAAUACUGUACUUUGAAGAAGAAAAUGCAAAGUAAAAUCAUAUGUAGCUCAAGGCCAUGACGUUCGUAAGACUGUCCCCUGACCGUUGUUGGAAUCACCAAGUGCCUUGCUGACAGAGGAGCUCACUAUCCACCUUACAGCCCAGUGUGUAUAGUUCACAUCCCAUUUUGUGGGACAUUCUCAAAGGGGUGGCCUUGUUGAGUCUUGUGUGUCAUUUCCUCACAAUGCUUUGGUGUAUGUAUGGGUUCGUUGAGGGAGGGUGAAUGAGCAAAUAAAUAUCAUUUAUUUUCAA